AAAAUACGAUAAAGCUUUUCAGAAUGCUUGGUUGAAGAACCCUGUCUUUGAAAAAUGGUUGGAAGAAGUGAAAAAUAUUUUGGUUCAAUUUAGAUAAGAAUGUAAAUAAUUUAUAGAAAAAAAACAAGCCAGAGAAAACUUAUGAAAAAAAAAAUCGUACAUCGUGAAAGAGGACUCCACUCUCCCCCUCCCAAACCCCAUGGAAGGAAAUGUGAGCGGAUAGUGAAAAAUCUGGCAACACUGAGUGUGAGCCGAACCAGCCUGGCCCUGGCGCCGAAGUGACGUCCCCUGCUCAGUGUGUGUCUGUCGUGGCGUGGCGUCUCAGCAUUUCAUUUUGUUACGUUCCUUGCUGACCUGAGGAGGAGGCCGCCACCAUGAGUCGCCGGAAGUUCGAUGAGAUGUCGGAGUAUGACUCCGGCAGUGCCCGUAAGAGGCGCCGCACUGAUGCCGUGGAGAUUGAGGACCGUCUGGAGUCCCUCAUCAUCAGGGUUGGAGAGAAGAGCACCUCAUCCUUGGAGAGCAACUUGGAGGGGCUGGCCAGCGUGUUGGAGGCCGACAUCAACAACUACAAGGGCAAGAUUCUCAAGAUCCUAAGUGACUGUGCUGUGAAGAUGCCCGAGAAGACCACCAUCUACACCACCCUUGUCGGCCUCCUCAACGCCAAGAACUACAACUUUGGUGGCGAGUUCGUGGACAUGAUGGCCCGCAAACUGAAGGAGGCUGUCAAGGCGUGCAUGUGGAAGACCGCUCGUUACGUCCUUCGAUUCUUUGCCGACCUGGUCAACUGUCACGUCAUCUCCACCAACUCCCUCCUCCAGCUCCUCCACACUUUCCUUGACACCGCUCGGGAUGACAACUCGCCCCAAGUGCGCAGUGACACCUACGUAUAUGCUGUGCUGAGCUGCCUACCCUGGGUGGGGAGGGAGCUGUACGAGAAGAAGGAGCAGGAUCUAGAGCGCCUUCUGAAGCACAUCGAGAUCUACGUCAGGAAACGCAGCCGCAAGCACAUGCCGGGACUCAGGGUGUGGCGCUCUGACCGGCCACAUCCACAGGAGGAAUAUCUGGACUGUUUGUGGGCGCAGAUCUGCAAACUGCGAUCAGACAACUGGCAAGAGAAGCACAUUGCCAGGCCCUAUGUAGCCUUCGACUCCAUCCUGUGUGAAGCUCUGCAGCACAACAUCCCACAGAUCACCCUGCCGCCACACCACUCGGACAACACCUACACCUUCCCCUGGGUGGUGUUCAGGCUGUUUGACUACACAGACUGUCCCGAGGGUCCUGUGCUGCCCGGUGCCCACUCCAUUGAGCGCUACCUGAUAGAGGAGCACCUGCAUAACAUUAUCAAGGAGUACCAUCUGGAGAGGAAGCAGUGUGCCGCUGUUCUGCUGGACUUCCCCCUGAAACACAAGAUCCCGCUGGAGUACAUGAUAGUGGAGGUGGUGAUGGCAGAGCUCUUCCACCUCCCUGUGCCUCGCUACCUGGAGAUCUGCUAUGGUUCCCUCCUCAUUGAACUGUGCAAGCUACAACCUGCCACAAUGCCACAGGUGUUAGCACAGGCUGUAGAGUUGCUGUUUGACCGUAUAGACACCAUGAAUGUUUGCUGCUUUGAUAGGUUUGUGAACUGGUUUGGGUACCACUUGAGCAACUUCCAAUUCAAGUGGUCGUGGGAUGACUGGCUGGAGGCAGCACAGCUGGACCCAAUGCACCCCAGGGCCAAGUUCAUCAUUGAGGUGCUGCUGAAGGCCAUGAGGCUGUCGUACCGCCAGAGGAUAGCUGAGGUGGUGCCAGAACAGUUUGAUUGCUUUGUGCCCCUCAAGCCAGAGCCGGUGUACAAGUUCUCCAUUGACACAGCUGACGCAGACUUGCCCGGCCUGGACACGGCACAGCGGCUGGAGUCGGUGGUGAGGGCAAAGGGGUCAACGGCCGAGGUACUGCAGACUUUGGCUGAGCUGCCCAAUCCGCUGAGGGAGAACGAGGACUCUGAGCCGACACACAACCCGCUCCAGAUCCAGGUGUUCUUACAGACAAUCCUGCAUCUCGGCUCAAAGAGUUUCUCCCACGCCUUUGCUGGUAUUUCCAAGUUCCUGAAGGUGUUUGAGAGCAUCGUGGGUAACAACGAGGAGGGUCAGCUGAUAGUGCUGCGGGAGAUGCAUGACGUGUGGUCCACACACCAGCAGAUGGUGGUGAUGCUGUGCGACAAGUUCCUGCGCACACAGAUCGUCAGCUGUGCCACCAUGGCCAAUUGGAUCUUCAGCAAGGAAAUGACCUCUGAGUUCACAAAGAACUACAUUUGGGAGAUCCUUCACGGCACAAUCCGCAAGAUGAACAAGCACGUGGCCAAGCUGCAGCGGGAGGUGAAUGAGGCGCGGGAGAGGAGGACGGGCAAUGAAUCGGACGACUCUUCUUCCGAUGACGAGGAGCAGCGGCCCCGUCCCAGCGAGGAGGAGAUUGAACGUAUGGAGGAGAAACUGGAGACUGCACAGGCUGAUCAGAAGAACCUUUUCCUGAUUAUCUUCCAGAGGUUCAUCAUGAUACUGUCCGAGCACUUGGUCCGCUGCGACACAGAUGGCCGGGACUUUAACACACACUGGUACAGGUGGACCAUUGGACGCCUGCACCAGAUCUUCAUGAUGCACAACACACAAGUGGAGAGGUACAGCCAGACCCUCAGCACGCUGCUCUUCACCCAGGACUUGGAGCCUCACAUCCUGGACGCCUUCAACCAAUUUGUGGCCCUCCGCUCCUAAGACGCCACCCACCCUCCACUCACUGGAUCCCCCCCAUCUCUUGUUUCAUUGUGGAGUCUCUCAUUUUGAUCCUCUCCUUAUGUAACCUUAUAUUUGAUUUGUGUAUAUGUGUUUCAUUUCUCAUUCUCACUCACUCAUUCACUAUUAGGACACUCUUGUUUUACAUGUGGUAUCCCUGGUCUCCUCUGUAUCUCUACUCAGUCAUCUUUCACAUGACAUCUCUCAAAGCUCUGAAUAACCACCUGUUUUAAUCUUACCCCUCAUCUAUUUCUCAUCUUGACACUUUCCCUUUCUGCAUCUCUACUCAGUCAUCUUUCACUUGGCAUUUCUCAAAGCUCUGAAUAACUACCUGUUUUGAUCUUAUUCUUUAUCUAUUUUUCAUCUUGAUGCCUUUGCUUCAACACUUCUUGACCUGCAUCUACAUCCCAUCAUCUCUCACCACUCACCACUCACUGUCUCUCUCAAUGCUGUGAAUCCCCCAAUGUUUUUAAUCCUGACAUAUCUCACCUUAUUCCUGUCCUCCUGCAACUGUUCUCAUUUAAUACCCUUUUACUUUGAUAUGCAGCAAUUUACAACACUAGAAUAAAGUUCCACAAAAAGAAGGAAGGUGUUAAAAAGAGUAGAUUUUUCUAGUGUAUAGCCAGUAUAUAAUGUUGACUAAUGGGUAUAGGUUUGCCUCAGAGUGGUUUGUGAAAUAGGAAGCAUUUAUCAAGAAACAGUGAAGGAGUUACAUAAUCUGUAUCUCCACUACACGUCCUCUUAUUCUUGCAUCAUCAUCUAUUUACUAAACUUUAUCCAUCUCUCAGUCUCACCCUCACUCUAUUCAGGCUCGCUGUAGAUAUGUAUUGAUACUACUUUCCAUCCUAUACUCACAGUUCUCCAUCCUAAGACCUGUCAUUGUAUCCUCCUGACUUUAUUAUACUGGUUUUGUCUCACUGUCUAUCUUGUGUCCCCAGUCACAUCACUCAGGCCAAGCAGGUGCAGUUGUGAUGUGUUUGGAGCGGUGCGUCUGUAUGUGUGUUCGUCAGUUGUCCUAUAAAUGAGAUGCAAUUCAAUACUUUUCUGGUGUCACUUUUUAGCAUUGGGUUGUAGUUGUAAGGUGAUGAGGUGUGACUUAUAGGAGCAGUAAAUAGUGAAGAAGGAAUUUUGAUGCAGUUAUGGGCAGUAGCAGCAGUGAGGGUGAAACACAGGCCUAUAAAUAAACCAUCCUGUGUCAUCAGUAUUGUAGUGAGAGGAGUGUGGUGGAAUGCCUGCCUGAGAGGUGUCUGGUGUGCAGGAUGACGGCUGUGUUGUAGUGAAUCAGACUUCAUUGUGACUGCAGGACAUGGACUGAGCCUUGCUACUGAUGCAUCAUUCAUGGCCAUGCACACACACACACUUACUUACAUACAUACAUACAGACACACACACACAAACACUAAGAUGUUGAGUAAUAAUAAAUGUUUGCAGGUUGUCAUGAAAAAGUCAUAAUUGGAAUAUACUGCAAUGAGAUGUGACAGAAUUGAGAACUGCAUGUACAUUAGAUAAGGGAGAAACUGGACCACUGGAAAUGAAAAGCAAGAUUAUGUAUGUGUAUGAUCACAAUGUCACUUAGCACACACACACACACACACACACACACACACACACACACACACACACACACACACACACACACACACACACACACACACACACACACACACACACACACACACAUAUCAUUAUAUUCAGCCUGUGUUAGUGUUUUUUCCACAAUAUCUAUUUAAUUUUGUGUAAUAUUUGUGUAAGUGUUAAUAGUCUAGCUACCAGAUUACAGUGGAGCUCCCUUGCCUGGUUGAAAGUAGACAAAGUGAGGAAGGCGGUUAAGAAUCAAUAAAGAUGUUGUCUGAGGGUUUUCAAGAUAGUUUGCACGAUUCCAGGAAUAGUUUAACAAAUAUCCUAAAGUUUUAACAGACUUUAAUGAAGGAUGUGGGAGGGUUUUCAAGUUUUUUUUUUUUUUUUUUUUUUUUUUUUUUUU